AUGGUUUUCGAUGGGGAUCCAAAGAAAACAGUUGUCUUCCCGGAGAGUUCAGAGGGGUUGAGUCCUGCUCUUGUGGAAGAGUAUGAAAAGGUGAAACAGAAAGGAAUUGAAAGAAGGUUGAAUUAUGAUAAGAUUAUCAAGGAAACAAUUGAGAAUUUCAAAAAGUAUACAAGGUGCUCUGCGAGUACUAUUGCAAGAAUUCUGAAACCUGUGAUGAAUGCGUAUGAAAGUUUGAUGGCAGAAAAAAGGGAUCUUGAAUGGGAUAAUGUCAUGAUCAGACAUAGGACAACACUAGUGGAAAAGGAAGGUGAUCGGUUGAGGGAAUUGGUUGCUUUGAAAAAACUUGUCUUGAAAUAUGGUCUAACUGAAAAGCAACACGUGGAGAAAUUGCAUAUCUCGAACAGUAAUGUUGAGAAAGUUACAGUGAAAACUGAAACAAAGUAUUCAAAUGAUAGUGAAUCAGAAAACAAACUGAUUGAUUACAGAAAGGAGAGUAAAAGUCUGUGUGAAGGGCAAGGUAUUGCUAAGAUUGUUUUUGAAAAUGAAUUGGAUUACAGUGAAGACAAGGUGUCUAUGAAAGCUGGUAAGGCCAAGGAGAUUUUUGUUAUGAAGUCCAAUAAUGUGUUGUGUUGGGGGGAGAUUAAGGCUGACAAGAUUCAGAACUCCUCCACAGAAAGCACAUACAAGAAGGAUGAGAAUAUUGGUGUGACCGAUAGGUGCACAGAAGCCAAUAUUUCUGAUGACAAGUUGUGUAGUGGAGAUCAAACACCUGGGAAGGCCCAGAGAUCUGUCACGUUUACACAGUAUGAAACAAAGAAGCAAAGUGUCCAGCAGAAAAUAGUUUCUGAUGUGAUUGAUAGUAAUGUGGAUCUGGUGAAGGAUCAAGAGGAACGUGAUGUUCAGAAUACUGUACUUGAACUUGAAAAAGAGUCAAUGCAGUUGCUCAAGAAUAUGCUUGUAGUGGAGAACACGAAGCAUGAUUACAAGGCAAACUGUGUCAGUAGUAUGGAUUGUGAUAGUUAUAAAGAUGAGGCGAAGAGAAAGAAAGUGGACCAGAAAGCUGAAGACACUGUGACAUGUCCAGUUACUGUUGCUUGUGAUCAGAAUGUCAUUCUUUCACACCAAAGCAUUUCGGAUCAAUUGACGUGUGGUGAGACCAAGUCGAAACGAGUGGAGGAGGAGCCACGUCCUCGGAAAGAUCCACCUCAAGCAAUCUUGUUGAAUUGGAGUGACACCAAAACCGGAAGAGUCAAGGAAGAACCUCGUCCUCGGAAGGAUCCUCCACAUUCUGGUAUGAUGGUCAAUGACACAGGGAGACGUACGAUGGAGGAGCAUCGCCCUCGUAAGGACCCUCCGAUGUCACGAAUUCUACAGUAUGGCCAUCGUGGAAACCUAUUCGGAUGUCGUCAUGUCCUGCCAUUUCAGUCUACAGUGAGGACUCUCGUCAGCUGUUGA